GCCGCCGCCGCCGCCAGGGUGGGGCUGGGCGCCGGAGGAGCGGCUGCCAACGGGGUGAUGAUGAAGCCAGUGUGGGAGGGAAUAGCCCCGGCUCGAGCAUGAAGGCGCCCGUAAAAGAUGUGUGAGCAGGCAGCGCGCUACUGCCGGGAGAGCGUCCACAAGCUGCUCCGCAAGCCGCCGCAGCCGCAGCUCGGGGCCCGGGGGCUGGACGGGCUGCUCCGCUGGAUCGUCACCAAGAUGAGCGACAACAAGAGCCUGCUGCCCGAGCGGGAGCUGCUGCCCGAGGAGGAGGCGGCGGCGGAGCGGGGCUUCCUCGUCCCCGAGCAGCGGAAGGGCGCCUCGGUGAUCCUGGAUAUCUUCAGACGAGCUGACAAAAAUGAUGAUGGGAAACUGUCCUUGGAAGAAUUCCAGGCCUUCUUUUCUGAUGGGACUCUUAAUGAAGAAGAACUCGAAAAACUUUUCCAUACCAUUGAUUCUGACAACACCAACAACGUGGAUACUAAGGAAUUAUGUGAUUAUUUCACUGACCACAUGGGAGAUUAUGAAGAUGUUCUGGCUUCACUGGAAACACUCAAUCUCUCCAUUCUGAAGGCAAUGGAUUAUACCAAGCGGGUGUAUGAAAGAGGAACAAACGUAGAUCAAUUUGUGACCCGUUUCCUGUUGAAGGAGACAGCGAAUCAAAUCCAGUCCUUGCUCAGCUCAGUGGAAAGUGCCGUCGAUGCUAUUGAUGAGCAGACUAGUCAGAUAAGACACUUCCAAAGCAAAUCUGGCCACAGCGCCGUGGACACUUGGUACGACAACCCGGUGCCUAGUUACCCCGCCAAUAACAGAAUUAUGGCCAAAGAACGCAGGAAAAGCUUCCAAACUGCUUCUUCAGACACCAAGGAGGAGAACUUAGAAGCUCAGAUCAACAGGUUAGCAGAGCUGAUUGGAAGACUGGAGAACAAGACUCUUUGGUUCGACCUGCACCAACGAUUGUCAGACAGCGAAAACACAGCCUGUGCGUAUCUUCUUUUGGUACGGAAUGAGAUGACUGUUUCCCAGAAGCACCUGGGGGAGUUUUGUGGCUCACUUAAACAGUACUUGAAGAAUGUGGCAGGAGAACAGGACUGCUUCCACGUAACUGCGGUGAGGCUUCCGGAUGGAGUCACAUUCAUUGUCUAUGAGUUCUGGGAGACCGAGGAGGACUGGAAGAGGCACUUGCAGAGUCCGGCUUGCAAGAGCUUCCGGCAUGUGAAAGUGGACACGCUGACUCAGCCGGAAGCCGUCUCCACUGUGUCAGUGCCAGCUGCCUGGUGCACCCUCAACAGAGACUGACCAGCAGAAGAUGGGACAGCGGAGUGAAGGCCACUCUCUCCUCCAGACGCGCUCAGUCCUUUCUGUGGUUUGCAGAGAACAAAACUCCUGUCUUUUCUAACCACUUUGUUACAGGUGUUGUCUUUUUGAACACAUUUCUCUCCAGAAGUGUGAUCUGCUUGCUCUUUGAAGUGAAGGAACACAAUCGAUCAGAACCAAACCUCUAGCACAACCUCCUGCUGGUCCUACCAGAAACACAAGCCCUAUCUGCACAUUUGGUUGAGGCUCAUCGGCGUGUACAGUUUUCCAUACCUUAUUAUGCUGAACCGAGGGACAGCAGCCCCAAUCUGUGCCAUGCCUUUGCGCCCAGUUCCACUUUUAAGACGAACAACACGGGUAGAGUCAUCCACACCAACAUAUGUGCGAGUGCAUGCAAUAUAACGCCUGGAUAGGCCUACAGUCCCACUGUAGUACUGCAGACAGAGCCCAAGCAAAACAAAGGGACGAUUCUGGGGUUCCUGUUGGGUCAGUUAUCGAGCUCAGGGCCUAGUGCAAUACUGAGCAGGUUUGCUGCCAUGAGUUGUACGAGUUGUUCCUUUACUUCUGUGGGUAAAGGGAAAGGUGCCCCAAGUGGAGUUGUGUGUUACAUUUUCAGAUUGGGUGGGGGGCAAGAGGUACCUUUAAAAAACUAUUACCUGCGACACUGCUGGGACCUACAAGCCACCGCAAGCACCAGCACCAGCACUCACCUGGCCUCUGUGCAUGCGCAGACCAUUUGCGUGGUCAGGCAACACCAUAUUGGCCACAGAAAUGGCCUCCAUGCAUGCACAGAGGCUAGGGGAGAGCUGGCGCCACAGCUGCUGCUCACGGUGACUUGCAAGUGCCAGCAGUAACAACCACUAUAUACCACUUUUCAACAAAAGUUUCCAAAGCAGUUUACACAGAGAAACAACAAAUAAAUAAGAUGGCUCCCUGUCCCCAAAGGGCUCCCAAUCUAAAAAGGAACAUAAGAUAGGCAGUCACUGGAGGUACUCUGCUGGGGACGGAUAGGGCCAGUUACUCUCCCCCUGCUAAAUAAAGAGGCUCACCACGUUCAAAAGUGCAUCUUUGGCCAGUCAGUAGGGGUAUCACAGGUAAUGACCCUUUUCAAGGUACCUCUCGCUGCCCCUUAGCCCGCACUGCCCUCUACUGUUCAAAUUAAAUGCCCCGUCAUGGCAACUAAAGCUUAAAGAAAAGCACUUUCCCCCGUAUCAAGCAUGGACUCCUCCCUGAGCAAUCUGAGGGGAAAAGCCAUGCCUACUGGAGUGUGCCUAUGUGCAGACUUCACACCCAUUUCCGCACAUGGGGCUCACCCAGCACCAGCCACACAACCUACCCACUUUCUUUUCUACCAAGAGACUUGCGUUUUGGACAGUCCUACAGACAGAUUAAAUAAAUAAAUAAUAUAUACUCACUCUUUAAAGAGCUGCAGACCAGAGAGGUAAAGAUGGCACUUGUGGUUUUAUCGAGCAGGAAAGAGUGGGAGAUUGCCAAUCCCAGGGUGAAACAUCACACUAAGCGAAAUAAAUUCUCCCCCCUCCAAAUGUGGGAACUGUUGUUCCAUGAGAGGGUAAGAGACCCUCUAACCAUUCUCAGCAGUUUCGCCCCACCAGAGUUCCCAAGAUGGUUUUAAGAAGCUAGGACACUUCAAUUGGCCUAAGAACUCUUGCAUGUUGACAAUAGCUAUGCACUUUUUGCACAUUUGCUCCCAACCCUAGCUCCACAUCCAGGCUUGUGGGGGCGGGGGGUUGUUGUUGCUUGUUUAAAAAUCAUUUCCCCACACCUUCUGGCCAGCCAAAAGCUCUAUAACAUAGGCUCAUCCAUGGCUGGAUAGAACCUCCAUGUUCAGAGAGAGGAAGCUUCUGGAUACCAGUUGGGGGGCAGCAGCAAGAGAAGACCAUGGCCUUUGGGCCCCACUUGAAGGCUUCGUGGAAGGACCAGAUCUAGUCCUGAGCAGCAGGCCCAGUCACCACUGGUAGCAUAGACGCCCACCGAAGUCUCCUCACAAAGCAGCAAGUGUAUCUCCCCCCGCUCCCCAGAGCACCUUUAUACUCAGAGUUGGCACAGAACUGUUCACCCACAAGCAGCAGCUGCGAAAUGCUGCAGGGAGAGGAGAGGAGAACAACAACAUUUUCCUCUGCCAGGAAAAUAACUGUAUAAAGAUGCCAUUACAGUAGCUGGCAGUUGCACAGGAUACCAAUACCUCAAGGGGUGGAGAAGACCCCAGCAUCUCUCUUUUGUACCAUUAACUGCCAUAGCAGCCUCCAAAUUAUCCUGGCAAUUGUAGGUCAGUGAGUGAUGAUAUAGGGCAGGGUUUCUCGAACUUGGGUUCCCAGCUGUAACAACUCCAAGCCACAAUGGCCUGGGGACCCAGCUUUGAGUGCCCCCUUGAGGAUUUCACCGCCACCACCUGCCCCCUGAGUUCCAGGAAUUUGCCAAAACCAUUAGUGUAGAUCAGAUCUGCACAUCUUUAGCCCUCCAAAUGGGGGACUACAGCUCCCAUCAACCCCAGCCAGUGGCCAGGUCAAGGAUUAUGGGAUUUGUAAUCCUGCCAACUGGAGGGCUGAAGUUGUGCAGCCUUGGUGCAGAUAACACCAUGGUUAGCAAUCGUCAUGGGCACAGGGUAAGUAUGCCCACUGAACUCCUCAUUUCAAAUUAUUUUCCUCCAGUACCUCUCUUCCCCACCACCCUUUUGGUUCUUCUCCGUUUCCUUCACUUGAACGCCAGUGCAUGAAUUAAAAAAAAAACUUAAGCCUUGAUGUACUUAGAAAUGCCUUUUUUUGCUGUAGGAAGUAGCACUGUUACUUUACCAAGUUCUGUGCAUUUUCUUUCUUAGAUUUCUUUUUUUCUAAACUGGGACAGAAGCAGCCAAACGCAAAACAAAAACCUCUUUCUUCAGGAAGCUGGCUUGCUUCUCUUCACUUUUGACUGUAACCUUUGAUAGUUUACCUGUACUGUUUUAGAAACAAGAUUACCUAGCUCGACAGCGUAGCACUCUGCAGGACGUCCGUAUUAGCCAACAUGUAAGCAAUUAAGAAACAAAAGAGGAAAAUAUGCUACUGUAUAAUUAUGACUAAGUGCGAAUAACCAAAUAAAAUUUAAAAAAACAGAAAACUGA